AUGAUGAGAAUGAACAAAAUAUUGAGGUAUGCACAACUAUUUCAAAAUCUAAUGAACAUGAAGGAGCUGCUAAUCAAUUCGAAGUGGAUGAAAUCAAUACAAAUGCUAAGUAAUGCUAAAAAUGUAUCAGACACUCCUCCCAAUAAGUCGUCAAAAGUAUCACAUAAGUUCCUAAAAUCAUCCAAAAGCUCUAAAGAAAUUGAAGAUAAGUCUCAAGACGUAUUUGAAAUGAUGAAAUCUAUUCAAAAAAGCCGCAUGGAACGUGAAGAGAAAAACUUGGAUGAAUUUGAUGUGUUUGGUGAUUUAGUGUCACGCAAAUUGCGUGUUCUUCGUACGCGUUAUGCACAAUGCACGGUGCAGAAUUUAAUGAGCAAUCUCUUAUAUGAAGGUGAGAUGGGAAAAUACGAUGAACCACCACAGAGAAAUAAUUGUUAUCCUCUUUAUGACAAUUAUCACGGUAAUACUUCAUCAGCUUCCGCAUCGAACGUUUCCUAUUCCAACCCUCCCAGCGUCCAAGAAGUUUUAGAAACAACUUCAAACAUAGAUAUGUCUGAUUAUUUACAAUGGAAAAAUCCCUUAGAAUAA